UCCCCAUCACCCCACGCAUCCACAUCUCUCUCCUCGGACCGAUCCCAUGGCGACCGUGGCGGCGACCGAGAGCAGGAGGAGCGGCCGGAGCCGCAAGGCCCUCGCGCCGGUGCCCGACAACGACGCCAACAUCUCCGCCGGAGGGGCCGACCUCGCUGCUGCCCUCCCCCCGCAGCCGCACAAGGCCAAGAGAACGUCGCCCAAGAUGCGCAAGGCGGAGGUGUCCCCGAUAGCCGACGAGAGGAAGGGAACGCCUCCCGCCCUGGUCGACCCGGCCGCCGUCUCCCUUGGGAAGGCAGAUGUCGCCACGGCACCCGCCUCAACACGGAAGGUGAAGAGGGCGUCGUCCAAGGGCGGCAAGGCCAAGGACGCGGCGCCGUCGAUGUCCGACGAGCUGACGGAGCUGCAGGGGAUGCUGGAGAGGCUGCGGCUGGAGAAGGAGAAGGCGGAGGAGAUGGUGCGGGAGCGCGACGAGGUCAUCCGGAAGAAGGAGGAGGAGCUCGAGACCAAGGGCAAGCAGCAGGAGCGCCUCCAGGCCGAGCUCAAGAAGAUGCAGCGCGUCAAGGUGUUCGAGCCCACCAUGAACUUUCCUCUCGCCCAGUCUCUUCUCGGCAAGGACCAUGAGGAAGGAGGUGACAAAGGCAAGAAGAAGAAGAAGGGGAAAGGCAAGGCUGGCAAUGAGAGGAAGAAGCCGGCACCGGCGUACAUUCUGUGGUGCAAAGACCAGUGGGCGGAGAUCAAGAAGAGCCCCGACACAGACUUCAAGGAGGUCACGAACGCGCUGGGCGCCAAAUGGAAGACCCUCAGCAACGAGGAGAAGCAGCCGUACGAGGAGAGGUACCGGCAGGAGAAGGAGGCCUACCUGCAGGUGGUCGGCCAGGAGAAGCGCGAGGCCGAGGCGAUGAAGCUGCUCGACGAAGAGCAGAUGCGCUGGACGGCGAAAGAGCUGCUGGGUCAGUACCUCAAGUUCAGGCAGGAAGCCGAGGGAGACGGCAACAGCAAGAAGGCAAAGAACAAGAUGAAGAAGGCGAAGGAUCCCUCCAAGCCGAAGCAGCCCAUGUCGGCCUACUUCCUCUACUCGCAGGAGAGGCGUGGCGCUCUGGUGGCCGAGAAGAAGACUGUGCCCGAGAUUGGUAAGAUCACAGGGGAAGAGUGGAAGGGCAUGACGGAGGCUCAGAAGGCUCCUUACGAGGAGGCUGCGAGGAAGCAGAAGGAGGCAUACCAGAAGCAAAUGGAGGUGUACAAUCAGAAGAAGCUUGGGGAAAAUGCGAGCUUAGAGAAGGAAGAAGAGGAGCAGAAGAAGAUCCUCAAGCAGGAGGCUCUGCAGCUUCUCAGGAAGAAGGAGAAGGCAGACAACAUCAUCAAGAAAACCAAAGAGAAGCGUCAGAAGAAGAAGCAGCAGAACGCCGACCCGAACAGGCCCAAGAAGCCGGCCUCUUCCUUCCUGCUCUUCAGCAAGGAGGCGAGGAAGCAGCUGGCGGAGGAGCGGCCCGGGGUGAACAACUCGACGCUUAGCGCGCUAAUCUCGGUGAAGUGGAAGGACCUGAGCUCCGCGGAGAAGAAGGUGUGGAGCCAGAAAGCGGCCCAAGGGAUGGCCGCGUACAAGAUGGAGAUGGACGAGUACACCAAAGCUCACACCUCCUCAUCCUCGACUAUUGCUUAGGGUGGUGUCCCUAGGUUCAGCUGUUACUCUCGGUUGAACUAUGAACUCAAGGAUUCCCGUCUCUGAAUCCUUAGUGGUAGAUUUAGCGUUCUGGUCAUGAAGUUGUUUUCUAGUCGUAUGCCAUGCAUGGUUGCUUCGGCAAGCUUCAUAAUUCAAAAUACUUGAGAAAUCUCAGACAAUUUCGCUGGUAUAAAAACAAAAGGAAGCUUGAACUCGUGA